AUGGCAUACCAAUAUCCCCCGCCGCCUCCAAACGGCGCCGACAUGGACAUGGCGCCAUCCGGUUACUUGCCCAGUUAUUCCGUGGCGCCCCAUGCUUCAUCAGGGAUGGACCCCGAUUCGAGCAUCCCGAGGGAGCGUUCUGAGUUGAGACGGUCGAUAUCGACGCCGGUCGUCGGGCCGCCGCAGGGGCAUCCGCAGCAGUCCCCUCAGCAAGCAGGUGCUUCGGGACAGGAUGCUGCCGCCGAGAGAAGGAGAAAUAAGUUGGGAUACCAUCGGACGUCUGUUGCGUGCGUCCCGCGCGGUGGUGUCCGGGCUGCUAACGACCCUGUAGCUUCAAGCACCCGCGCCUAUGAGUACGGGCAGCAUGGGAUGUCCAGUUGGAUGCCGGCAGACGCGAGUCCUAAUUCUUCCAAGCCGAACGACAUGAACGCGACCUGGAGAUCGUAUCCGGGCGAUUCCCCCGUCACCCCGGCGUUUUCUCCUUACACGCCGCAUGCGCCGUCGUCGGUGGCAUGGUCGGCGUCGGUAGGCUCCGACUCUUCCUCUAGGGAUGAUAUCACUUGGUCGUCGUAUCCAGCACCGCCGCCCCGGUCCAUGUCUUUCGGUGCCGAGAGCAUGAGCGGCCACACCCACUACCCGUCGAUGUCGCAACCCAACCAUCAUUCAUCUCGCGGGCUCCGUACCACCAUCGAGUUACUCUUCGUGGCAACAGUCGUACUCGUACUCGAAGCCCGGCGAAGGCUAUGGCAGCGGGUGUCGUGCGUGGUCGAGUCCUGUUGUCUGCAGGAUGCAUCUGUGGUCAACGGGCCUGCGCCGCCUUUUACACGGUUGCGCACUGGUGGAGUGACGUGGUCUUACAACCGCUCCUUUGAUGCAGUGGCGUCGAUGCGGGAGACUUGA